UGCCCCUAUUUAGUGUUUAUGGAAAAAUGCCAUCAGGACACAUAUAUGGAUCUUAUAGUUACUGCUAUAUGCAAGUACAUACUACUGAAAGGGCUACAAGUGUGAUUACAGACAUUGUACAAGUACUGCUGAUAUUUCAUACAAAUAUUACUGUUGGGUUUUACAUACCGCUUUAAGACUAUAUCAGAACAGGCAUGUUGGGGAGAUUUCAUGUAGAUAUUAUGGUAUUGAUGUGCAUACUGGUUUACACAUUUACAAGUGCAAGUGCAGUGUGUGACAUGCAGUUUCAGAUGCUAGUUUAAAUUUUUCUUUCACAAUGCAGUAUUUUCACCCACAACCCCCUCUUCCUUUUCCACCACAGCAGGAAAUUUCUCGGAAAGAGAAAGUGAAAGCAAGCCACGUGUUGCUAUAUAAGAGGCUGAAAAUAAGAAAUACCUUUAAAGCAGAAGAAUAAAGCAGAGGGCAUUUGAGUUGCAUCUAAUUGAAGGAUUCCUGGAAACAGAAUUUCUCAAAGGAAGAAGACACAGGAAUGUGAGCAUUUGCUGCUGCGCCUUCAACAGAAGCAAUGUCUGAGGAGCAAAAUUCAGCUGGAGAUGAGUCCGACUCUCCAAAUCCAGAAGUGGAUAUGGGUUUAGCAGUAGAUGAAGAACAUCUUCCUAUAGCAUCUACAUUAAAGAGCCUCAAGAGGAAAUUAAGAGAAGUGGGACUAAAGCCAGAAGAUUGGCUGGAUAAAUUUAAAAAAACUUUGGGUGUCACAAAUCAACAAUCUCUUGAGUACCUUGGAAUGGCUGAUUAUUUGAAAAUGGAGGGACAAAUAACUUUUCCAUGGGAAAAAAAUGCAUUAAAAAAGCUCAUGAAUAUUGCUGAAUCCAGUAUAAAACAGCUGCAGGAUGAGCAUGCCAGUCUGAAGGCAAAGAGACAAAAAGAAGCAAAGAAAGAACUUGAAGAACUGCGUAAAAUGUUUGCUCAAGGUAAAGGUCGCCAUGAAAAUGAAGUAAGGCAAAAAGAGGAAAAAUUGCGCAAGGCCAUGGAUAUAGCAAAGGAAUCCUGGCUACCAUCUGAUGAACCUUUAGAUAAGUUGAUUGAAAAGUUGCAUAAUGCAUUAGGUGAGAAAGAAAAGAUACUUUGCUGUAUAGAAAAGAUACCUGAUAAAGAUGUUAUAUUUAAUGCUUCAGGUGGUCUUGCUCUUGAAGGAAUUUAUUUAACUAAGAAAAAUGAAGAUGUCCUAAAAAAACGGGAGCCACUGAUUGCUGUUUCUGAAGACAUAAAGCUCAGCAGUCCACAACAAGGGCCUGUACUGGAUCAAAAGGAAUUCUACUCUUCUACGGCAGAAUCAGCUUUCCACAAAUCUAUGGAAACUCUGGGAUUUAGUAUAACCUCUUCCAUGAAAGGUGGUUUUGGGGGUUUCUGUGGUGAAACCAGUGCAUCUUAUACUUACUCAAAAGAAACUGAAAAAACUGAGAAGAACAAAACUGAAAAUGUUUUUAUCUCUACUAUAAAAUAUAACUAUAUCCCACUUGCCUCAUGCUAUAUAUCUAAGAAUCAAAUUUGUCUUUCCAGUGCAGCACUUAAGGAGUUAAAAAAAAUCGAAAACCUUGUGCAACAAUCUGGAGACGCAGAGAGAUCUGAGUUACUUAAACAGCAGUAUGGAGAAUUUUUUAGCCAAUUUGGCUCUCAUGUUAAUCAAGGUCCUCUUCAUUUUGGAGGCAUUUUUUGGUGGAAAGCGACUUCUACUGCAUUUAGAGAAGAGAAAAUGGAGGAGAUGAAAACAGAAAUAUCUUCUGUACUCAAUACCUAUGUAGGAUGCAGUUAUAGUGAUGUUUUCUCAUUGGGCAUUGGGGUUGAUGUAUCACAGUCUGAGGCAGAAUAUCAUAGAGUUAAAACAGAAAACCUUAGAAAGGAUAUUCAUUUGUCUGUGACAAAAACUGGAGGUCCACUGCAUGUGGAUUCACUUAGUAACUGGAAAGAAGGUCUUGUAGCCAGCAAUAAAACAUGGAGUGUAAUUGAUAGAGGCUUUACCUUAAUACCUGUUUGGGAAAUAAUUGUGUCUGCCCACAAAGAAGAUUUUAGGAAUGCUCAUCAAGUAUAUUCUGAUCUUAUUUAUGCCUAUGGUGCACUUACAAAUCAACAUCACAGCCUUACAUAUGGACAUAACCUUGCAAAAGCAAUGGAUGAUAUAAAAUCAUUCUUGUCUGAAAUGUGUUCCUGGCAAACUGGUGCUGAAGAACAUCAAUUAAAAAAACUAAUAGAGUUUCAACAAAAACUAAAUGAACUGACAAGAAAUGACACUGUUUGGGUAAAUACAUGCCUUUCUAACAAAACCCUGCAGAAUUGUCUAACAAACAUCAUGGAAUCCUACAAGAAUGACAAGAAGCCAAAUACAUGUGUAGUAAAUAAAAAUAUAAAGAAAAGAAUACCCCGUGGGUAA